CCUCAAUGAGGUUAACUACCAGCGCGGUAGUUCUAUACUCAUAAUACAAUCGAUUUGAUUACAAGACAGGCACUACGUUUACGUGCGCGCGCUUGUCUGCGUGUGUAUGUAAUGUUUAUGUGUUUAUUUUUUUUUCUCCGAAUAUAAGUGGGAUCGAGAUCGGCCUUCAAAAUAUUCCGAUUUCCGAUGCAAUUAUUGUUAUGUUUCCGCGGUCCUUAAAUUAUCACGGUUACGCGUGUUUUAAUUAACUAAAAUAAUAUUAGUUUGCUGUGUCGAUUUUUAUCUCCAGUGCUUGAGAAAUAUUGUGUGUGUCCAUUGCUGUAAAACAAAGGAAUCUUGUGAAAAAUGGCUGAGGUAAAACCUGCUAGCAGUCAACAACAACCAAUCGUCAAAAUAGGUCAUUAUAUACUUGGACAGACACUUGGUGUUGGUACGUUUGGCAAAGUUAAAAUUGGUGAACAUCAGCUCACCAAACACAAGGUAGCUGUCAAAAUACUCAAUAGACAGAAGAUAAAGAGUCUAGAUGUAGUUGGAAAAAUACGUCGAGAAAUUCAAAAUCUCAAACUCUUCCGUCAUCCUCACAUUAUUAAACUAUAUCAAGUUAUCAGCACUCCUACUGAUAUAUUCAUGAUAAUGGAGUAUGUAUCUGGUGGAGAGCUAUUUGAUUAUAUAGUAAAACACGGUAAACUUAAGGAAUUUGAAGCUCGUCGUUUCUUCCAACAAAUUAUAUCUGGCGUUGAUUAUUGUCAUAGACACAUGAUUGUACAUAGAGAUUUAAAACCAGAAAACCUAUUAUUAGAUCAUAAUCUUCAUGUUAAAAUUGCUGAUUUUGGCUUAUCAAACAUGAUGAUGGAUGGAGAAUUUUUAAGAACAAGUUGUGGAUCACCUAACUAUGCUGCACCAGAAGUUAUUUCAGGAAAGUUGUAUGCUGGACCUGAGGUAGAUAUAUGGUCGUGUGGUGUUAUUUUAUAUGCAUUAUUAUGUGGUUCUUUGCCUUUUGAUGAUGAACACGUGCCAACUUUAUUUCGAAAAAUUAAAUCUGGUAUCUUUCCUAUACCAGAUUAUUUAAACAAAUCUGUUGUUAGUUUGCUGUGUCAUAUGUUACAAGUAGAUCCAAUGAAAAGAGCAUCUAUUGAAGAUAUUAAAAAACACGAAUGGUUCCAGCAUGAACUACCUGCAUAUCUUUUCCCUUCACCAGUUGACCGAGAUUCUUCAGUGAUUGAUACAGAUGCUGUUAAUGAAGUUUGUGAAAAAUUUAGUGUAAAAGAUUCUGAAGUUCAUAAUGCUUUAUUAAGUGGUGAUCCGCAUGAUCAACUAGGUAUUGCCUACCAUUUAAUAAUUGAUAAUAAACGAAUUGCUGAUGAAGCAGCUAAAGCAGAAUUAAAAGAUUUUUAUAUUGCUAGUAGUCCACCUCUAACAGGAGGAAGUCUAGAGACAUCAACUUCAAAUUCAGUUGCAAAACCUCAUCCUGAAAGAAUAAUAUCUCAAAGAGAACGUGCUCUAUCUAUAGAUCAAGGUGCUAGAGGAUCUCCAAUGAAAAGAGCUAAAUGGCAUUUAGGCAUAAGAUCUCAAAGCAGGCCUACCGAUAUUAUGAAUGAAGUAUAUAGAGCAAUGAAAGCAUUGAAUUUUCAAUGGAAAGUAAUAAAUCCUUAUCAUGUUCAAGUAAGACACAUGAAUCAAAAAACUGAUAAUUAUAUCAUGAUCUCACUGCAACUGUAUCAAGUGGACUACAAAAGCUAUUUGUUAGAUUUUAAGAGUUUAACAAAUGAUCAGUUGGAAAAUGGAAAUUUACCUGCACCAACUUUAGAAAUUGAAAAUCAAUCUCCAAGACAAGAUGUUGCUGUACAACCACAAAAAAAGUAUACAGGACACCAUACAAUGGAAUUCUUUGAAAUGUGUGCUUCUUUGAUUACCCAACUAGCCCAUUAAUUAAUAAAUAAAAAAUAAAUAUCUGUUGCAAUUAUUGAAUGUAAGUAAUAAGUAUAUACCAAAUUGUUAAAGAAGUAAAUGUAAUCCUUAGAUAAGCAAUUAGUUCUUUUUUUGUUGUAUAAUUUUCUCGUUAUAUUUAUAAGUACAUGUGCAUAUAAAUUUUUUGUUAUGAAAUUUGUGAGAGAUUCAAUCAAUCUAUCCUAUCAGAGAACAUACUAGGUUGUGCAUGUGGAAUGAUAAGACCAGUCAUCUAUGCUGAAUUAUCCCCACUGUAUGUGACCAUACAUCUAUACUAUACAGUAUACGCUAUGUACACCUUUAAUAAAAUUUGGGGAAAUACAAUGUUGAAAUACAGGAUGCACUAUCACUGACAGGUUUUCUCAUAGAAACAGAUUUUAUUAACAGAACAUUUAAAUGAUCUUGUACCUAUAUAUUAUAUGAUUGUUCUAAUAAGUGUAACAUUUUCUAGUUUCUUAUAUGUAACUACUUUUAUUUCAAUAUUUAUUUUUAUCAUGUAUGUCUCGAGAGAAAUACUAUGUAUUAAAUCUCAAGUCUUAAAUUACAUAAGAUACCCAAAAGAUGUAUUUUUUUAUAAUUUAUGUUUGAAAAUGCUAUAUAAAGUACCUAUUGUUAUACUAUACCUAUAAAAUAUUUAUAUGCAGAUAAAAGCAUUAUGUUUAGAUUUUUAAAUUCGAAUUUGUCAACAUAAAAUAAAAUAUGUAUUGUGCUUUUCAGGCAUGAUAGAAUGAAGAAAAUCAACAAUUUUAAUAUAUUCAUUAUUUUUAUAAGACAAAAUAAUUUUUACUGUGUUUUAA